AUGAGAGAAGACCCUUCGAGGCUUCGUUCCUCGAGUCGGGCAGUAUUAAGCUCAGUUGAACGACUGCCUCCCCCAGUUUCGGUUUCUUUGUUUUCCCUUGUCAUUCUCAAACAUAUUCCACUCAUUCAACGUGUUGAUCACACUCCUUUUCGUUGCAUUCACUCAUUCAUUAUAAACAAUAGUAUUGUUAGGCCUGACACAGGUUUGCAUACUUGUUUUUUGUCUUGGAUACUACAUCGGGUCACAUUCAUUGGCGAGAGCUUUGGCCAAAACGCCAACGAUUUUAGCAUCACAUCUCAUACCAGAACUUACGCAAUGCUCAUAUUUCGAGCAUUUGCUGGCAUUGCUAGCAUAGUAGCUUUGGUCGGGGCUGCUGAAACCAACCAACCUAUGGACCUAGGCAGUGUACUCAGCAGACAUCCCAAGCUUUCUACAUAUUACAAGCUGAUCAAGAAAUUUCCUGAUAUCCUGAUGCAACUACCCAGUUACGACGGUGUCACUAUUGUUGCGCCUUCCAAUGACGCUUUUGAACAAAUUCCAUACUCACCUCUUUCUAAAAUCUGGGAUCCAAAUGAUGCCAAGACUACCACCCCUAUCCUCCAGUAUCAUAUACUGCAGGGCACUAUAAGCACCAUGAAGCUCAAGGCAGGCCCUGCUUACGUCAAGCCUACACUCCUUAUGGAUCCAAAAUGGAGCAAUGUUACUGCUGGACAGAACAUUCUCAUCAACAAGCAGCCCGAUGAUGUCGUCUUCAGCACGAGAUAUGGGAACCGCGCUACGGUCAUCAACUACGACAUCAAGUUUCAAGGCGGCCUCAUUCAGAUUGUGGACAGUCUCCUGAUCCCACCUUCUGGUGUGCUUCAAGUUCUUAUGGCAAGCAAAGUUGAGUCGUUCCUUGGUGGACUUUUCAAAGCUGGCCUUAUGCCUGAUCUCGCUGAUCGCAAAGACGUCACUGUCUUUGCUCCAAGAGAUCAGGCCAUGGAGAGCGUUGGAAGCACACUAAAAUCCAUGUCACGCAAGGAGCUGGCUCGCGUCAUGGGCUACCAUAUAGUGCCUGGAAAAGUUCUAGUCUCGACUGAUCUUGAGAAUGCCACGUCUCUCAAGACAUUGGAGGGCGAGGAUACUUAUAUCCGUCAGAUUGGCAACGAGAAGUUCAUCAACUCGGCCAAGAUCAUAACAACCGACAUCCUCAUAUCCAAUGGCAUACUGCACAUUAUUUCGAAUGUCAACAAUCCAAAGGAUGCUGACGCUGUACCUAACCCUACUCUAUGGGCUCAGAAGCCUGUCUUUAAGUCUGCUGGGGCUGACGACGUCUUCCAUUCAGCCAUUCCAUGCACUUCAGAUUGUCCAGUGACAAAUACGCCAGUAUCUACACCAGUUGAGAAUAACGUGGCCACUACACCAUGGUUCAACACAAGGUCGAGUACUGGGGAGGCAGCUGCGCGGGCCACAGCUCAAAUUGCUCGUGCUGCGCUGGGAAUCGUAGGUGUGGGUGCAGGUAUGGCAUUUCUAUAG